UCAAGAGCCGUGAGUUGGGACGUCGCGUCUCGAUACGCGACCACUACUCUAGGUGCUAGAACGUGGCGCAUCACGUUUAACGACAUCGUCGGAGACGUCCCCCUGCUAGAGACGUGCUGCGACGCUUCUCAAGAGGGCGCCACGAUCCAAGCGCGGGCGGGCCGCGACGCUAUCGUAAGAGCCAGGGAAAUACAUAAGGGCACCGGUCAGACAAUGGAGGGCCAUAUCAGACUAGUAAUAGAUGGAAACGCGACGGCUUGGGCGUCGAUCGGUGCGGACGCGUCGGAAUUUGCGGCUAAUCUCGAAGCUUCUAUUUGGAAUUUGACAAACACGACGGGCCCCUACGGCGCCGCCUCUGUCAGA